AGGAAGACGGGUUGAAGUGAGGUGGGGAUGAGAAAUCAUCAUUUAGUUAGCUCGCUGCUAGCUACCUGGAGCCGACUAGCGAGGUGUUGUGAUAUUAGUAGCCGAAAUCUGUAGAUUAUUUUACUUUUUGUAGGUGCAACGAUGACCCUCUGACACCAAGAAUGGACAUAAGUUAACAAUGACGGGGGAGAAAAAGAAGAAAAAGCGGCUGAACCGCAGCAUUCUUCUAGCAAAGAAAAUUAUAAUAAAAGAUGGAGGAAGUCCUCAGGGAAUUGGUGAGCCCAGUGUUUACCAUGCUGUGGUGGUCAUCUUCCUGGAGUUUUUUGCAUGGGGUCUGCUCACCACCCCGAUGCUCACGGUCUUACACCAGACAUUCCCCCAGCACACAUUCCUGAUGAAUGGGCUUAUUCAUGGCGUCAAGGGCCUAUUAUCAUUUCUGAGUGCUCCUCUGAUCGGAGCGUUGUCAGACGUAUGGGGACGCAAGUCUUUCCUGCUGCUAACAGUCUUCUUCACGUGUGCGCCCAUUCCACUGAUGAAGAUCAGCCCAUGGUGGUACUUUGCAGUCAUCUCCAUGUCCGGCGUCUUUGCCGUCACCUUCUCUGUGAUCUUUGCCUACGUGGCGGACAUCACGCAGGAGCAUGAGAGGAGCACAGCAUAUGGAUUGGUAUCGGCUACCUUCGCGGCCAGCCUGGUUACCAGCCCGGCCAUCGGAGCCUACCUGUCUGUGGCCUACGGGGACACCUUGGUGGUGAUCCUGGCCACAGCCAUCGCCCUGCUCGACAUCUGCUUCAUCCUGGUGGCCGUACCGGAGUCGCUGCCAGAGAAGAUGAGGCCGGCGUCGUGGGGAGCACCCAUCUCCUGGGAGCAGGCGGAUCCCUUCGCUUCUCUGCGUAAAGUGGGUCAGGACUCCACGGUGCUCCUCAUCUGCAUCACAGUGUUUCUCUCCUACCUCCCCGAGGCCGGCCAGUACUCCAGCUUCUUCCUCUAUCUCAGACAGGUCAUAGGUUUCUCAUCAGAGACAGUGGCUGCCUUCAUCGCUGUUGUGGGGAUCCUCUCAAUACUAGCUCAGACGGUGGUAUUGGGCAUCCUGAUGCGCUCUAUAGGGAACAAGAACACAAUCCUGCUCGGCCUUGGCUUCCAGAUCCUCCAGCUGGCCUGGUACGGCUUCGGAUCUCAGCCCUGGAUGAUGUGGGCAGCUGGAGCCGUUGCAGCCAUGUCCAGCAUCACUUUCCCUGCCAUCAGCGCCAUCGUGUCCCGUAAUGCAGACCCGGACCAACAAGGUGUGGUCCAGGGGAUGAUUACUGGUAUUCGGGGCCUCUGUAACGGUUUGGGCCCCGCUCUUUACGGUUUCGUCUUCUACUUGUUCCAUGUGGAGCUGACCGACACGGACGGCUCUGAGAAAGGUGCCAAACUCAACAUGGCCAACCCCACUGAUGAGAGUGCCAUCAUCCCAGGACCCCCCUUCCUGUUUGGUGCGUGCUCAGUGCUGCUGUCUCUGCUGGUGGCCCUGUUCAUCCCGGAGCACACGGGGCCCGGCAUGCGGCCCGGCGCCUAUAAGAAGCACAGCAACGGGGCACAGAGUCACUCCCACAGCCCCCAAGGCAGCGGGGCGGAGGGCAAAGAGCCGCUGCUGGAGGACAGCAGCGUAUAACCUAAGCUAAGGGGGGCAGACACCCUUCGCUCCACCCCAGAAACCCCCUUGCACACACACACACGGACAGAUACACACAUUUUACCACAUGGACACACCUCAGGCACACAUCAGACUUGAGUGCCACGUUAGAGGUGUUUGUGUGUCCACGGCACAAAAGUGGGCGCUCCUUCCUCAGCAGCCCUUUUCUGUUUUAAACCAGGGUAUUGUGAAGACUCUCCUAAAGACCCUGUAUGAUGAGAGUGUGUUGAGUAUUUUUCGAGGGGCUGCGGUGGAAAGAUGUGUGUAUGUGUGUGUUUUGGGGAGUGACUCGGCUGAGCUGGACUCUAAUCCUUGGUUUCUAUAAAGUGGCAACAGAGUGGAGCAUACAACAGCUUGCCCCCCUCCUGGUGCAAACCGAAGUGAUUUUGGUUUAGAGUGCGAGUGGGGUAAAACCCCCGUUGUUACUAAAUCCCUGUGUGAUUCUUCAUAUUCCUCUGUAGCCAGUUAAGUGGCAACUUUGUCUGUUUGUCCAACAGGAGUGUAACAAACAGUUAGUUGCGCACUUGUUUAAUGGUCUUUCACAAGCUAACUUCUGUUAUGAUGCUUUUCAUUGAGACUUAAGCUCCUGUUAAAGCAUCCAAGAAGGGAACACAGUUCUUCCUCUGUAUGCACAGCAACUGUAUACCUGUGAGAGGAGUCUCUGCAAACCAGUCUUGGAGAUGUGCUGCCUAAUCUAGGUUAGGAUGGGUCAACCGGAUCAGAUCUAAACAAAAUAACAGUUGGACUUUGGUCUGCCUGACUACAAUUUCUUUAAAUAUCACACUUCUUACAGAGGGGAGUGUGCGAGAGAGAGAGACAAAGAGAGAGAGAGACCACUUUAUUAGCUGAAACUGUUUUUCAAUGUUUACUUGCCAUUCUCUAGAUUAGUAGUACAGUUUGGGUUGUAUAUUUUUCUCUGUUCAAACUGAAGGCUAGUUGUGCUUCAAGUUUUUAUUCAAGAAACAAAUGUUGCCUUGAAGUGACUUAAUAUAAACGUAUAUAUAUAUAUACAUAUAUAUAUAUAUAUAUAGACAUUACGUAACCUGUAUGAAGACCGAGGUCUGAGAAGGCUGUAAUCUUACACUAUCGCUCCCAUCGGAGCCGUUACAAACUUUUUAUUCCUUUAGUUUUCAUGCCCUUCCCGUUACUUUGUUUCCUGACAUUUAUCACCACCAGGGUUAAGGCUUACAGAACCAUGGUUUUAUUUUAAAAGCCUCUGGACCACUUGAGGUAGAGUGUUGCUAUCAGUACAGAGUCUUUGAAUUAAUAUCAUUAGGGUUAAACAGAAUAUCACUCAUGCUGCGGUAGAAAAUUCAAAGGUUAAGUAUGACGUAACAUGGUGGAUGAUGAUUUCUACAGUGGUAAUUGGAUAUGAAGUACAAAACGGUUACAUUGAAUCCCUGACGCUUAAGCUGCCGCACAAAACAGUUAUUAACAGACGUUGCACAUUUCUCUCAACGACUCCACUCGCAGAAGGCGGCAGAGACAUUUUAGAUCGAACUGGCUUGUAACUCAAAAACUCCCGUUUAGCAGGCUGCAGAUUCUCCACCCAGGUCAGUUUUUACACCUGGCAGCCUGCGUCACCUACAGGAAGGAAAGUAAUAGCAGCAGGAUGUCACACCUGCAGGUGUAGAGAUUUUACCGUUAACAGGCAAAGAAAUUAAAAAGCUGCUCUAAUUUUAACAGAUGAGCUUCAUACGGGCAGCGUUACAGGAUUACAGCUGCAGUUUUAUUCUCUUCAAAAGCAAAAUGUUUUUGAAAGUUUUGGAGGUUUUUUACAUUUUACACCUGAUGGCUAAAAUAACAAACGAUAUCACAGUAAGAUCCAGUAGAAAUUAUAAAUAUUCAAAUAUAAAUAUCUAGAAUAACCAGGAGGCUCUUGUUGACAUUCAGAGCAUCAUCAGUGAAUAUUAACAAACAAAAUCAAACAAAAACGUAACGUACACCCUCCAAAGAAGCAUCUGUAACAUUGUCUGAAAGUCAGUAAUCAAUCGAACAGUCAGCUGUUCCUUUUCUUGCCAGUAGGUGGCGGCAGGUUGGACGACGUCGCCUGCACCUGAUUUUUUUUGGUGCUUUUCGCAUCAGUGACACUGUGUUCCCUUAUUCACAUACUGUGAUCAGCAGCUGGUAAAAUUAUUCCUGUCAUAAUUUUGAACAGUUAAUUGCAUCUAAAGUGCAUUUAAGUAACCAAAUUACAACCUGAUACGGAUUAGUAGCUAACAGUGGGUCUCAUGCUGUUUGACAUCUGUUGGAACUGAAAUGUACGUCAGAUAUUUUGUGCCAAUAUUUUUUUUUUUUUUUCAUUGGUUUGCUUUUUCGUACCGUGUGUGUAUGUUUUGCUUGCGCACUUGAGUGAUUUGGAUAUUUUUGUGUGUGUGUGUGUUUGUCGUUUUUCUCUUGUCUUAAUUUCUUUGGCUGAAGACUUAAGUUUUAAUGCUAUUUUUUUUAUUAUUAUAGCUUUUUAAAACUUCAUCCAGUCAUUUAUUUUUUUUUUUUUUUAGGAACCUUUUUGAACUUUUGUGACUAGAUGGUAAAUUAUCGAAUGUCCAUCUGUCUAUAUUCAGUCUCUUCAUUUAACAAGCAUUUCACAGUGGUUAGUUACAUUUGAUGAGCUUAUUUUUUCCCCCAAGAUUUUGUCAGUAGAUCAUAACAAAAAGUCACUGAAUGUUCCAAGCCAAGCUGUAAAUGUUGACCACACUUUACCCUCAACAUUUUUGACUUAACCCGUCAUAGCGUUUUUAUUAUUACAGAGGGGGUGUUACUCGACAGGAGGCCAUUGGUGUUGAUUAAGUCUUUGAAUAUCAUUCUUUUUUUUUAAUGUAUCAUUUAUUGGACCAACACACAGGUGAACCCAUAAAUUCAGACCCUACAUAAACUGGUAAGAUUCUGCACCAGCCCCCCCCCCCCCCAUGUGCACUCGUACAGCUUCCAAGCAGACGACUGUAAAUGUACAAUCACCUGUACGUUCAGCAAAUGUAUAUAUUUAUUGCUCAAGGGAGACGGCCACCUCUUGGUCUAUUUGGUUGUAUGGUGCAAUUCUAUAUUUCUCAAGACUUACCUGCUAGCCACUCCUGUUUUUAGUACGAUGUGGUUUGUGGCCUGAACCCCCCUCUCUGUGUGCCUAAAAUUAGCCAAGAAAUGAGUAUGGCAACAUAAGUAAAUGGUGGUUAUUAUGUAAAUAUGGAAAACUAAUGACAAACUAUUUAUUAAAGGUUUAUUGUACAAUGCAA